CUAGCUAUCUUGCUGGUAGGUAUAUUACAGGGACAGCUCCCCCUCCCCUCGCCGGCCGUCGCGCUCUCGAAGCCGUACGCUGUUCAAAGCGAAGCGAAUCGAAUAAUCGAUCAUAUCCAUUGCCUAAUUCGUAGCACGUCGAUGGAUCAGCUGGUCGUCGGCGUGGCGCGGCCGUCGAGCCCCUCGGCGGCGGCGCACGUCGCGUACAAGAUCCCGGCCGGCGACGGGCCGUACGCUCGGGCCAAGCACUACCAGCUGGUGGAGAAGGAUCUUGACGCGUCCAUCGCGUGGUUCUGGAAGGCGAUCAACUCCGGCGACAAGGUGGACAGCGCGCUCAAGGACAUGGCCGUCGUCAUGAAGCAGCGUGGCUACCACGCCGACGCCAUCGACGCCAUCAAGUCGCUCCGCCACCUCUGCCCCAAGCAGUCUCAGGACUCCCUCGACAACAUCCUCCUCGACCUCUACAAGGCGAGCGGGAGGACGAAGGAGGAGAUCGAGCUGCUGAAGCAGAAGCUGCGGAAGAUCUACCUGGGCGAGGCGUUCCACGGGAAGACGACGAAGCGGGCGAGGUCGCACGGGCGGAAGAUCCACGUCUCCGUGAAGCAGGAGACGUCGCGGGUGCUGGGCAACCUCGCGUGGGCGUACAUGCAGCAGGGGAAUUUCAUGGCGGCGGAGGUGGUGUACCGCAAGGCGCAGAUGGUCGACCCGGACGCCAACAAGGCCUGCAACCUCGCGCUCUGCCUCAUCGAGCAGCGCCGCCCCGCCGACGCCGAGGCCGUCCUCGCCGGCGUGCUCGCCGGGAGGUACCACGCCCGCGACGACGACCACGGCGCCCCGCACACCGGCGGCAAGAUCCUCGCCAAGGUGGAGGAGUUGAUGGCCCGCAUCACCGGCGAGGUCGACGGCCGGAGCAACAGCAGCGGCGGCAGCAGCAGCGACGACGACGACCGCGACGUCGAGGACGAGAUGGUGGAGCUGCUAGACGUGGUGGUCCGGCAGUGGGCGGCGCCGUACAGGAGGAGCAACCGGAGGCUGCCGGUCUUCGAGGAGAUCACUCCGGUCUGCAGGGAGCAGAUGGCAGCUUGCUAGAAGAUGGUAAUUAAUUAAGAGUAGUAGCAAAUUGUUAAUUAAAUUAGCAGGUCCAUCAUCUAGUGUUGGGUAGAUAUAUAGAAUUUCAUGCACCUAUCCGACGUGUCAACGGCUUCAACUUUAUAGGGAGAACUAGCUGCAGGUGCAUGAAGCUAAGCAUGCAUGGAUGUUUUUUUUUCUUGUGAGUGUGUGUGUGUGAAAUUAAUAGUGUGAGAUAGAGAAGUAUAAUGUGUGUGUGACCAGUUGCAUGUUUUGUACUCUGGUUGUGUUGUUGUGUACUUAUGUAGAGUUGAUAAGUGCAUGGCUUGGUGAAGGAUAUAAAUGUGUACAUAAA